CUCAGGAUACUUCGCUUCCAGCCAUCAGCGACGGCCCAUUCCAGUGGCGCCCUCUUGUCAACCACCCAUCCCCCCUCUCGCACAAUGCGGACAAAAAUACUCCUGCCCUCUCUUUUUGUCCAGUGCAUUGCACUCUGUACGUUGUUCUACCUGAGCUCUUCAACAUGUACUGCAACAACCCCGAUGCACAGAACGACGUCGACCCCUACGUCCUCGAAUUCAUCCAUGUCCACAUACUCAGUUUGUUCGCCACUCCUCCGAACCUCGUCCUUCAUUUUCGGUAUGUGCAGUAUCGUCAUCCUAGUGUUGGAGUGGGCUUCUCUUGGAAAACUGGGAAGUGGGGUGCGCGGCGCUAUAGAAGGUUGGUGGCAUGGGAAUGAGACUGUAUACGCGGGGAAAGACCGGGACCCGGUACAGGAAGUAGUUGAGAGAAAUAAUCUGAUAGGAAGAAAGAGGGAGAGGAGAGCUUUUGUCUGGCAGGAUUAGGUUAGAAAGGUGCAUGAACUGUAGAUGGGUAUGAG